AUGUCCAUUCUUCUGGAACCACCUGAGUUGGGGUUCAAACGCCCUUUCGAUCGCGAAGUCUGUGAGAUCCUACACUUGAGCAAUACAAAUUCAGAGCCCGUGGUCUUCAAGGUAUUUAGCAAAUGCGCCCCCAGGAAAGUAGCCUACCAUGAUCGCACACUAACAAGCCUGUGUGUGUUAGGUCAAAACAACCGCUCCGAAGCAUUACUGCGUUCGGCCCAACUCAGGACGGAUAGAACCAGGCAAGAAUGUGGAUGUCCAAGGUUGAUCCAUAUCUUGAAGCUAGUGCUCCAGCCUCUGAUGGGAGUGCUGAUCAGUCGAACAGUGUUACUUCAGGCGAUGAAAGAAGAGCCUGCGCCUGAUGCCAAAUGCAAAGACAAGUUCCUGGUUCAGACCGUUGCCGUGACUGGUGACAUGGAGUUCUCUAAUGUUUCUUCGAUUUUCGAAAAAGCCUCCAAAUCCUCCAUUCAGGAGCGCAAGAUCCGUGUGAACUGGCUGCCUGCAGAGUCCUCAAAAGGCGAGCAGGGGAAGGAUCCGAAUGGAAUUAGUGCACCUGAAGAAGAACCACCUUCCUAUACGUCACCUGGCGCGAACUAUCAAACUCCUGCAGUUGGGGCUUCCACCAAAUUUUCCAAUGACACGUCACCUAUCCCACCGCCAGAUUUCAGCGAGAAGCCCAAGCGGGAUGCUUUCGCCCAACAGUCGAAUGAGACUUCAGCAACAUCUGUCAAAUCGAACACAUCGGGUAUCCCAGCUUCAGCUGAUGAGCUGAAGGCUCAACUUUCCGAGGCCAAUGCUCAGAUUCAAAAACUCAAGGAGAAGCUUGCGGACCAGGGAUUGAGACAGAGAAAGAUUGGGGGCGAUAACGAGAAAUCAACGCCUACGAUGCAACAACAGCAGGUCCAGCCCGACGCCGCAGGUGUGCCAUUGCAGAUCGUGGCCGGGCUUUGCUUGCUAAGUUUCUUGAUCGCGUACUUCUUUUUCUAA